GUGGGGAUGGGCCCCUCCGGCUUCCGGCGGCAGAGAUAGAGUUGCGGCCGCUCUGGGCCAUGGGGACACUGUUGGCCGCCAUGCUGAUCCUCUGCUGUGCCUGGCAGGUAUGUGGGACCCGUGCCAGGCCACCCCCCCAUCCAGGCUUUGAGGUCCUAGCCUCUGCUUCUCAUUACUGGCCACUGGAAACCGUGGACGGCAUCCGUGAGCUCCAGGACACGACGGAAGAUAUUGUCGAGGGGAAGGUCAACAAAGGCAUCUACCUCAAGGAGGAGAAGGGAGUGACACUCCUUUACUAUGGGAGGUACAAGAGCUCCUGCCUCAGCAGCCCUGCACGGUGUGGGCCGGAAGGGGUCACAUUUUCUUUCUUCUGGAAGACCCAAGGAGAACAGCCCAGGCCAGCCCCCUCUGCAUAUGGGGGGCAGGUCAUUUCUGACGGCUUCAAAGUCCGCGCCAGCGGUGGCAAGGGCUCCGUGGAGCUGUACAUGCGUGAGAACUCCAUGACCUGGGAGGCCUCCUUCAGCACACCAGGUCCCUACUGGACUCACAUCCUGUUCACAUGGAAAUCCAAGGAGGGUCUGAAAGUGUAUGUCAAUGGGACUCUGAACACCUCCGACCCAAGCGGGAAAGUGUCUCACGUGUACGGGGACCCCAGCGCCCACCUUGUGUUGGGGUCUGAGCAGGACCAGACCAGGCGCAGUGAGCACGGCGCCUUUGACGAGUUCAUCAUCUGGGAGCGGGCGCUCACCCCGGACGAGGUGGCCAUGUACUUCACCGCUGCCAUUGGAAAGCACACUUCCUUGUUUUCAACCCCACCAGGCUUCUUCACGACGCCCACGACAAGGAGCCUGGUGCCCACAGACGCUUACCGUCCCAUCAUUGCCAACCUGACAGAGGAGCGAAAAGACUUCCAGAGUCCUGGUGUUGUCCUAACUUACCUCCACAACAUGUCCCUCAGCCUGCCCAGCAAGUCUGUGUCGGAGGCCACGGCGCGGAACCUCACCAUGACCUUCCUGGAGACAGUGGGAGAUGUCCUUCAGCUGCCUGGCUGGACCGCUGUGUCUGAGGACAGCUCCAUAGUUCUGGGCUUCAUCGACACCAUCGACAAAGUCAUGAGCCACAUCUCGUCCAACUUGCACAUCAGCGACACCCACGUUGCCAUCGCCGGCUCCUCCUCUGUGGCAGACUUUGCCAUGGCCAAGCUCCUGCCCAGUACCAUGAACUCCUCCCACUACCGUUUCCCAGAGCUCGGACAGAGCUACAUCGAGAUUCCCCAGGAGGCCUUUCAUGGCCAAGCCUGGACGACCAUCGUGGGCCUGCUCUACCACUCCAUGCACUUUUACCUGAGCAACAUCCCACCGGCCAGCACUGAGAUCGCGGGGGCCAUGAGCUAUAGAAGCUGCCUCCUGUCGUCUGCCAGCUCCCUCAUUUCACUCGACGUGUCCCCACGGCCAACGCUCUCCCAGAAUCUGUCUGGUUCCCCGCUCGUCACUGUCCACCUCAGGCACAGACUGACCCACCGGCAGCUCAGCGCGGCCACCAACCAGAGCAACCGUGUGUUCCUAUACUGCGCCUUCCUGGACUUCAGCUCCGGAGAAGGGGUCUGGUCCGACAAGGGCUGUGCGCUGAUCCAGGGGAACCUCAGCUUCUCCACCUGCCGCUGCACGCACCUCACCAACUUCGCCAUUCUGAUGCAGGUGGUGCCCCUGGAGCUGGCCCGUGGACACCAGGUGGCGCUGUCUUCCAUCAGCUACGUGGGCUGCUCCUUGUCGGUGCUGUGCCUGGUGGCCACCCUGGCCACCUUCGCUGUCCUGUCGUCUGUCAGCACCAUCCGGAACCAGCGCUACCACAUUCAUGCCAACCUGUCCUUCGCUGUGCUGGUGGGCCAGGUCCUGCUGCUCGUCACCUUCCACCUGGAGUCGGGCACGAUCCCGUGCCGCGUGCUGGCCGUGCUCCUGCACUACUUCUUCCUGAGUGCCUUCGCCUGGAUGCUGGUGGAGGGGCUGCACCUCUACAGCCUGGUGAUCAAGGUCUUUGGCUCCGAGGACAGCCAGCACCUCUGCUACUACGGGAUUGGCUGGGGAUUUCCCCUCCUGAUCUGCAUCAUUACAAUAUCAUCUGCCAUGGACAGUUACGGGACAAGCAACAACUGCUGGCUCUCUCUGGAGAGUGGUGCCAUCUGGGCCUUUGUGGGCCCCGCCCUGUUCGUCAUUGUGGUCAAUGCGGGCAUCCUCAUCGCUGUGACCAGGGUCAUCGCUCAGAUCAGCUCUGACAACUACAAGCUGCGUGGAGACCCCAGCGUCUUCAAGCUGACCGUGAAGGCGGUGGCAGUGCUGCUACCCAUCCUGGGGACCUCGUGGGUCUUCGGGGUGUUUGCUGUCAACAGCCAGGCCGUGGUCUUCCAGUACCUGUUUGCCAUCCUCAACUCCUCCCAGGGCCUCUUCAUCUUCCUCUUCCACUGCGUGCUGAACUCAGAGGUGAGAGCCGCCUUCAAGCACAAAACCAAGGUCUGGUCCCUCACCAGCAGCUCCGCCCGCAACGCCACUGGGAAGCCCUUCACCACCUCAGACAUCGUGAACGGGGCGCGGCCAGGCGUGACCUUGCCCAAGCCCAACCCCUGGGACAAGAACAGCCCGUCUCCCCAGCGAGUGAACCUGUCGGCUGUGUGAGCAGCUCCCGCCUCUGGCCUGCUCAGACCUCCCAGCAAAACCCAAGACAUGCUCGAGCACAACCACAGACGCUCCCCCAUGCGGUCACAGCUCCAAGGCUCUUGGCCCAGUCCUGCCUGAGACCCCGAUAUCAUCAGCAUCAGCCCGUCACCCAGCGAGCACCAGGACCCUGGACACAGCAUGCGGUGGGGGGUGGGGAGAGGCGAUGUUGUUGCCUUGACUGGAGGAUGGGAACCAGAGAGGAGGGACACCCCACAACAGGCUCCUAAGGCCAGGGGUCAGGGAAGUGUCUGCUGACAUGGGGGCUAUGGCAGCAGAACCCCCACCUCUCUUAAUCCCUGACACCAGCACUACUCAGGUCUGUCCCUGGCAGGAGCCACUUAAACACCAGUUUCCAGUCAGCCUUCCAUGCACUGGCCAGAGAGCCCCGCCUAGCCCCUUCCCCAGCUCCCCCCAACCUAGCCGCUGCUUACUGUGUCCUAGCAGGACCUGGGAGUUGGGCUUCCCAGCAUCUGAGCAGGGACCCCAGUAAGCACCUUUCCCUCUCCUGUGGUCUGUCUCCAGGGGACACAGCAGAAGUUUGCCAAACCCGGGAGGGGCACUGGGCACUAGGGCUACCAAGUGGGACCUUUCCUGGGCUCCACGAGAGCUGCAAGUCUCAGAAAUGUAUGGAUGGCAUCAGCCAAGCUCUUUUUGCUGUGACCCAAGAGCACGGGUCCACCUCCCCGUGCACACCCAGAUGUGCCUACAGAGACCCCACAGAGACCCAUGUGUGCUGGGGAGCUGAGUGCACAGCAUGCACUUGGCACCUUCGAGCCCAGGGCCUGUGCACAGACACAGAGGCCUUCCCCAGGUUUCCUUACACAGACAGUCCUUCGUGUCAGGAGCGACCUCAGGCCCACUGCCCUCCACUCAGCACACCCAUGGUAUCCCUGUCUCCUAUGCCAGAGUGGCCUGUCAUACCCGUGGGCGCAGUACUUCUACACUUCUGCACUAUUUUGCUGUCCACACAGUUCGGCCAGAGGUUAAAGGUGGGAAAUAUUUGUGUGUUUUCAGUAGUUUAUAGCAUGGUAAAGAGGGUGAACGCCACAGAGUAUGUGAAAGUACGUUGUGAUUUUUAUGAAAUAAA